AAUCCGGGCAUGUGUGCCGCCCCCCCGCCGUGCCGCCGUGCCUCCGGCGCUGCCGCCGCCACCCUCGGCGGGCUGCGGGACUCAGGCUGCGGGGUGCGGUGGGCGGAGCGCCCGGGCUUUGCGGGGAGCAGGCUAAGGCGGCCGAGAGAAAGGGGGGUCGAGACGGGGGGGUGGAGGUUUGGGGGGGUGGGGGGGGCAGGCGGCCGCCAUCUUCUCGCCGAGGCCGCCUCGCCCGCCGCACGCGCCCGUCCGGCAGCGCACGGGUUAAGGCUGGCACCGCGCCCGGCGGGAGGGGGGGCGCCCACCUCCCCUCCUCCCCGCGCCGGGCAUGCGGGGCCCACUGGGCACCGAGGAGGAGCUGCCGCGGCUGUUCGCCGAGGAGAUGGAGAACGAGGACGAGAUGUCAGAAGAAGAAGAUGGUGGUCUUGAAGGCUUCGAUGACUUUUUCCCUGUGGAGCCCGUGAGCCUUCCUAAGAAGAAGAAACCCAAGAAGCUCAAGGAAAACAAGUGUAAAGGGAAGCGGAAGAAGAAAGAGGGAAGCAAUGAUGAGCUAUCAGAGAAUGAAGAGGAUCUGGAAGAGAAGUCGGAGAGUGAGGGUAGUGACUACUCCCCAAAUAAAAAGAAGAAGAAGAAACUCAAGGACAAGAAGGAGAAAAAAGCCAAGCGAAAAAAGAAGGAUGAGGAUGAGGAUGAUAAUGAUGACGGAUGUUUAAAGGAGCCCAAGUCCUCGGGGCAGCUCAUGGCUGAGUGGGGCCUGGAUGACGUGGACUACCUGUUCUCGGAGGAGGACUACCACACGCUGACCAACUACAAGGCCUUCAGCCAGUUCCUCAGGCCACUCAUUGCCAAGAAGAACCCGAAGAUUCCCAUGUCCAAAAUGAUGACCGUCCUGGGUGCCAAGUGGCGAGAGUUCAGCGCCAACAACCCCUUCAAGGGCAGCUCGGCGGCAGCAGCGGCGGCGGCAGUGGCUGCGGCUGUAGAGACAGUCACCAUCUCCCCUCCGCUAGCCGUCAGCCCCCCGCAGGUGCCCCAGCCUGUGCUUAUCCGCAAAGCCAAGACCAAGGAGGGCAAAGGGCCUGGAGUGAGGAAGAAGAUCAAAGGCUCCAAAGAUGGGAAGAAAAAGGGCAAAGGGAAAAAGAUGGCCGGGCUCAAGUUCCGCUUUGGAGGGAUCAGCAACAAGAGGAAGAAAGGCUCCUCGAGUGAAGAAGAUGAGAGGGAGGAGUCGGACUUCGACAGCGCCAGCAUCCACAGUGCCUCCGUGCGCUCCGAGUGCUCUGCAGCCCUGGGCAAGAAGAGCAAGAGGAGGCGCAAGAAGAAGAGGAUUGAUGAUGGUGACGGCUAUGAGACAGACCACCAGGAUUACUGUGAGGUGUGCCAGCAAGGUGGGGAGAUCAUCCUGUGCGACACCUGCCCGAGGGCCUACCAUCUUGUGUGCCUGGACCCAGAGCUGGAGAAGGCUCCCGAGGGCAAGUGGAGCUGCCCCCAUUGUGAGAAGGAGGGGAUCCAGUGGGAGCCAAAGGACGACGACGACGAAGAGGAGGAGGGCGGCUGCGAGGAGGAGGAGGAUGAUCACAUGGAGUUCUGCCGCGUGUGCAAGGACGGGGGCGAGCUGCUCUGCUGCGAUGCCUGCCCCUCCUCCUACCACCUGCAUUGCCUCAACCCGCCACUGCCCGAGAUCCCAAACGGUGAAUGGCUCUGCCCGCGCUGUACUUGUCCCCCACUGAAGGGCAAAGUCCAGAGGAUUCUACACUGGAGGUGGACGGAGCCCCCUGCCCCCUUCAUGGUGGGGCUGCCUGGGCCUGACGUGGAGCCCAGCCUCCCUCCACCCAAGCCCCUGGAGGGCAUCCCUGAGAGAGAGUUCUUUGUCAAGUGGGCAGGGCUGUCCUACUGGCACUGCUCCUGGGUGAAGGAGCUACAGCUGGAGCUGUACCACACGGUGAUGUAUCGCAACUACCAAAGAAAGAAUGACAUGGAUGAGCCGCCCCCCUUUGACUACGGCUCUGGGGAUGAGGAUGGCAAGAGCGAGAAGAGGAAGAACAAGGACCCCCUCUAUGCCAAGAUGGAGGAGCGCUUCUACCGCUAUGGCAUCAAGCCAGAGUGGAUGAUGAUUCACCGAAUCCUGAACCAUAGCUUUGACAAAAAGGGGGAUGUGCACUACCUGAUCAAGUGGAAAGACCUACCCUAUGACCAGUGCACCUGGGAGAUCGAUGACAUCGACAUCCCCUACUACGACAACCUUAAGCAGGCCUACUGGGGCCACAGGGAGCUGAUGCUUGGGGAAGACACCAGGCUGCCCAAGAGGCUGCUCAAGAAGGGCAAGAAGCUGAGGGAUGACAAGCAGGAGAAGCCGCCGGACACGCCCAUUGUGGACCCCACGGUCAAGUUCGACAAGCAGCCGUGGUACAUCGACUCCACAGGCGGCACGCUGCACCCGUACCAGCUGGAGGGCCUCAACUGGCUGCGCUUCUCCUGGGCGCAGGGCACUGACACCAUCCUGGCCGAUGAGAUGGGUCUGGGCAAGACGGUGCAGACCAUCGUGUUCCUCUACUCCCUCUACAAGGAGGGCCACUCCAAGGGGCCCUACCUGGUUAGUGCGCCCCUCUCCACCAUCAUCAACUGGGAACGCGAGUUUGAGAUGUGGGCACCCGACUUCUAUGUGGUCACCUACACGGGGGACAAGGAGAGCCGCUCGGUGAUCCGGGAGAACGAGUUUUCCUUUGAGGACAAUGCCAUUCGGAGUGGGAAGAAGGUGUUCCGUAUGAAGAAAGAAGUGCAGAUCAAAUUCCAUGUGCUGCUCACCUCCUAUGAGCUCAUCACCAUCGACCAGGCCAUCCUGGGCUCCAUUGAGUGGGCCUGCCUGGUGGUAGAUGAGGCCCACCGCCUCAAGAACAACCAGUCCAAGUUUUUUAGGGUCUUAAACAGCUACAAGAUUGAUUACAAGCUGCUGCUGACGGGGACUCCCCUGCAGAACAACCUGGAGGAGCUGUUCCAUCUCCUCAACUUCCUCACUCCAGAGAGGUUCAACAACCUGGAGGGCUUCCUGGAGGAGUUUGCUGACAUCUCCAAGGAAGACCAGAUCAAGAAGCUACAUGACCUGCUGGGGCCGCACAUGCUCAGGCGGCUCAAGGCUGACGUGUUCAAGAACAUGCCAGCCAAGACCGAGCUCAUCGUCCGGGUGGAGCUGAGUCAGAUGCAGAAGAAGUACUACAAGUUCAUCCUCACGCGGAACUUUGAGGCGCUGAACUCCAAGGGGGGCGGGAACCAAGUAUCGCUGCUCAAUAUCAUGAUGGACCUGAAGAAGUGCUGCAACCACCCCUACCUCUUCCCUGUGGCUGCUGUGGAGGCCCCUGUCUUGCCCAAUGGCUCCUACGAUGGAAGCUCCCUGGUGAAGUCUUCAGGGAAGCUCAUGCUGCUGCAGAAGAUGCUGAAGAAACUGCGGGACGAGGGGCACCGUGUGCUCAUCUUCUCCCAGAUGACCAAGAUGCUGGACCUCCUGGAGGACUUCCUGGAGUACGAAGGCUACAAGUAUGAGAGGAUUGAUGGUGGCAUCACCGGGGGCCUCCGACAGGAGGCGAUCGACAGAUUCAACGCCCCCGGGGCCCAGCAAUUCUGCUUCCUCCUUUCAACCCGGGCAGGCGGCCUGGGCAUCAACCUGGCCACAGCCGACACUGUCAUCAUCUACGACUCGGACUGGAACCCGCACAAUGACAUCCAGGCCUUCAGCCGCGCCCACCGCAUCGGCCAGAACAAGAAGGUGAUGAUCUACCGCUUCGUGACUCGGGCCUCAGUGGAGGAGCGCAUUACGCAGGUGGCCAAGCGCAAGAUGAUGCUCACCCACCUGGUGGUGCGACCUGGUCUCGGCUCCAAGUCGGGGUCCAUGACCAAGCAGGAGCUGGAUGACAUUCUCAAGUUCGGCACAGAGGAGCUCUUCAAAGACGACGUGGAGGGCAUGAUGUCUCAGGGCCAGAGGCCGGUCACACCCAUCCCUGAUGUCCAGUCCUCCAAAGGGGGGAACUUGGCUGCCAGUGCAAAGAAGAAGCACGGUAGCACCCCACCAGGUGACAACAAGGACGUGGAGGACAGCAGUGUGAUCCACUAUGACGAUGCAGCCAUCUCCAAGCUGCUGGACCGGAACCAGGACGCUACAGACGACACGGAGCUACAGAACAUGAACGAGUACCUGAGCUCCUUCAAGGUGGCGCAGUACGUGGUGCGCGAGGAGGACGGCGUGGAGGAGGUGGAGCGGGAAAUCAUCAAGCAGGAGGAGAAUGUGGACCCCGACUACUGGGAGAAGCUGCUGCGGCACCACUACGAGCAGCAGCAGGAGGACCUGGCCCGCAACCUGGGCAAGGGCAAGCGCAUCCGCAAGCAGGUCAACUACAACGACGCCUCCCAGGAGGACCAGGAGUGGCAGGACGAGCUCUCCGAUAACCAGUCAGAAUAUUCCAUUGGCUCCGAGGAUGAGGACGAGGACUUUGAAGAGAGGCCAGAAGGGCAGAGUGGACGACGACAAUCCCGGAGGCAGCUGAAGAGUGACAGGGACAAACCCCUGCCCCCGCUUCUCGCCCGAGUUGGUGGCAACAUUGAGGUGCUGGGCUUCAACGCCCGACAGCGGAAGGCCUUCCUGAACGCCAUCAUGCGCUGGGGCAUGCCCCCGCAGGACGCCUUCAACUCCCACUGGCUGGUGCGGGACCUUCGAGGGAAGAGCGAGAAGGAGUUUAGAGCCUAUGUGUCCCUCUUCAUGCGGCACCUGUGUGAGCCGGGGGCGGACGGUGCGGAGACCUUCGCAGAUGGCGUGCCCCGGGAGGGCCUCUCCAGGCAGCACGUGCUGACGCGCAUCGGGGUCAUGUCACUAGUUAGGAAGAAGGUUCAGGAGUUUGAGCAUGUCAACGGGAAGUACAGCACCCCAGACUUGAUCUCUGAGGGGCCCGAGGGCAAGAAGCCAGGCGAGGUGAUCUCCUCGGACCCCAACACACCAGUGCCCGCCAGCCCUGCCCACCUCCCGCCAGCCCCGCUGAGCCUGCCAGACAAAAUGGAAGCACAGCUGGGCUACAUGGAUGAGAAGGACCCGGGGAUGCAGAAGCCAAAGAAGCCCCUAGAAGUCCAGGCCCUUCCAGCUGCCUUGGACAGAGUGGAGGGCGAGGACAAGCACGAGAGCCCAGCCAGCAAGGAGAGAGCCCGAGAGGAGCGGCCAGAGGAGACGGAGAAGGCCCCGCCCUCCCCGGAGCAGCUGCCGAGAGAGGAGGUGCUUCCUGAGAAGGAGAAGAUCCUGGACAAGCUGGAGCUGAGCUUGAUCCACAGCAGAGGGGACGGUUCUGAACUCAGGCCAGAUGACACCAAGGCUGAGGAGAAGGAGCCCAUUGAAACACAGCAAAAUGGUGACAAAGAGGAAGAUGACGAGGGGAAGAAGGAGGACAAGAAGGGGAAAUUCAAGUUCAUGUUCAACAUCGCAGAUGGGGGCUUCACAGAGUUGCACACGUUGUGGCAGAACGAGGAGCGGGCUGCUGUGUCCUCGGGGAAAAUCUACGACAUCUGGCACCGGCGCCACGACUACUGGCUGCUGGCGGGCAUCGUGACGCACGGCUACGCCCGCUGGCAGGACAUCCAGAAUGACCCGCGGUUCAUGAUCCUCAACGAGCCCUUCAAGUCUGAGAUCCACAAGGGCAACUACCUGGAGAUGAAGAACAAGUUCCUGGCCCGCAGGUUUAAGCUGCUGGAGCAGGCGCUGGUCAUUGAGGAGCAGCUCCGGAGGGCCGCGUACCUGAACAUGACCCAGGACCCCAACCACCCCGCCAUGGCCCUCAACGCCCGCCUGGCUGAAGUGGAGUGCCUUGCCGAGAGCCACCAGCACCUGUCCAAGGAGUCCCUUGCUGGGAACAAGCCUGCCAAUGCCGUCCUGCACAAGGUCCUGAACCAGCUGGAGGAGCUGCUGAGCGACAUGAAGGCGGACGUGACCCGGCUGCCAUCCAUGCUGUCCCGCAUCCCCCCGGUGGCCGCCCGGCUGCAGAUGUCGGAGCGCAGCAUCCUGAGCCGCCUGACCAACCGCGCCGGGGACCCCACCAUCCAGCAGGGCGCUUUCGGCUCCUCCCAGAUGUACAGCAACAACUUUGGGCCCAACUUCCGGGGCCCUGGACCGGGAGGGAUUGUCAACUACAACCAGAUGCCCCUGGGGCCCUAUGUGACCGAUAUCUAGCCGUCCCCGAGACUUCCCUGUGUUGCAGCGCUCUUUUCCAGCUGAGCCACGCCUGCCGGGCCACAUGCCCGACCCCCAUGGGAGAGAAAAGCUGCCGCCUUUUUAGGAGCCAGCGCCACCUUGGGACAAAAAGGGAAACCGAGUAAUGCCAUCACAUGGAGGACGAGGCCCAGCCCGGCUGGGCCAGAGCCCAGAAGUGCCACCUCAUCAUAAUUCAAGUGUUCUUCCAUACAGCGUUGCCCCCACAACCACGCCGGACGUGCCCCCUCGCCACCUUUUCCAGAUGACUUCUUAGAAGAGAUUUCAUUUAUUUGUACAUCUUUUGCACUUUCCUAUUGAAGACUUGAACACGUUUGUCUUGAUAAAAGUUGGAUGACGUAUGGAAGAUUCGAACCGGAAGCACUGACGUCUCUUUACCGAUGGGUUCCAGACCCAAGGUAGCCCUGGCACUGCCCUGUGGACUCGGCCCAGCUGGGGCGGACACGGCGCCCGGUGCCUGUCCUGUCAGCACCUGUGUGACUGCCCCUUCUGCUUCAGCCCCUGCCCACUUGGAGCCUCCCAACGCCAGAGAGGGCAGGUUUGGGGAGCCCCUGUCCAGCCCAAUGGUGAGACCCUGGCUGACAUUUCCCCUCCUUCCUACCAAGGCCAGGUGUUUGCUCUCUCCUUGCGGGGAGGAGGAUCCUCUGCCAGCAGGUGUCUGUCCCCGGCCCAGCGUGUCUUGAAGGCCCUGAACUCUGUUACCAGUGGGGGGCCUGUGGCCCUGGCUCUUCGUGGCGGGCAGAAGCGUGUGAUCCCAGGAGGGUGGGCUGGGGAGGACCAGCGCUUGCCUCGGAGCCACUGCUGCGUUUGGGGUUUGCCUUUUGCCAGAGGUGUGGUUAAGGGCAGUGAUAGCUGGCGCCCCAGCAAGGAGGGUCAUGGGCCCUGAGCUGGCCCAGGAGACCCUGGCCCUGCCCUGUGCCCUGGGAUGCCUGCCCCGCCCACCUCCACGGGUGGAACCAGGCUGCCCCUGGCGGCCUGGACUUGUCCCAUUCCCCUGUCCCUGGAAAGGCCCUCCCGGGGCCUUCCUGCCUGAGGCUGCACUCUUGGAGGGCAUGGGGAGAGCUCUGCCUGAGGGGGACCGGACCCAGUGCCCUCUGCAGACUCCUCCCAGCUGCAGCACCAGGGGCUUGCUGCCUUGUCUCCUGCCAGGAGCGCUCUGGGUGCAGACCCCCAAACCAUCUUCCCACAUGGGGGUUGUUGGAAUCCCACCACUCCCCCGGCCCCUGCCCCUCCAAGCUGGGGACGGAGAUGGGGAGCAGGUCAGGCCCUCCCUAGGCCUGUCUGUGUCUCAUCCUCCUCCCAGCCCCGGGUCCACCUGGAAGGCAUUUCUGAGUCUUGAACUGAGACCUUCCCAGGGAAGGUGCUUUGGGUGCAGAAUCCUGGGAGUGUUAGGAAAGGGCUCCGUGAAAAACCCAGCUGUGUCUGGGCUGGAGGCGCCACAGGCACUGGGGCUCAGCUCCCUGCAGAGGGCCUGCCUGGGACUUAGUGGGCCAGGGCUGGGUCAGGAUUCACCGGCUUGUGUUGCAGACACUGGAGUGAUUGCCUGGCCCUCCCUAAGCCCCAGAUGCCUCACUCAUAAUGAGGCUCUCUCUGAACCCCGGAGGGCGGGACCCGCGAGCCCUUCAUCUUGGCGCACUCCCACACUCCAGUCUGGAUCCAGGUCUGGAAGGCCAGGCUGACCCUGACACUGCAGGUGGGCGUAGUGGGGAGCACCCUGGAGUGGAGAUGAUUGUCAGCGGGCUCACAUGUGGUUUACCCACAUGCGUGUUGUGUGCUCUGCAGUGCCUCCCGGCAAAGGCUCCUGGCUCGGGUCACAGGCGAGGUGACCUGCCAUAAGCUCACUCCUGUGCCCUCAUCCCCAACCAAGCAGUGGCCCGCACUGGGCUUGGCUGUCACUGGGAGCAGUGCCCACCUUCCUUGGCCCACAGCAGAUAGGUCCCGAGCAGCAGGACUGGAGGCCUGUGGCGGUCAGGGGAGGGGUCUGUCUCCACCCCAAGGGCUGAUGGUCCCUCCCCUGGGAGCCCCUCCUUCCAGGCAGCCUUGCUGUGUCCCUUCCUCUCUGCCUCCCUCCCAGGCCUCGCCAGGGCUCCCUUCUCCUCUGCCUGGUUAGACUCGGGCACCCAGGAAAGCCUGGCCAGAGCUCCUUCGGGCCUGGGCCCCUUGCCCUGCCUGGUCCAGAAGGGCUGGUGCUCUCCGUGGCCGGCACCCCGGAGCCCGGGAGGGGUGGGCUGCCGAGUCAGAGCGGGUUUGGGGCUGACCAGUUUGGGAGAGGAGAAAAGAUCUGAGAGUGUCGUCUUGGUUGUCAGUCAUCUCUGCCGAAAGCGGUGAUGGUGGCUUCUGUGUGCUUGGCAUCUUCUGGCUGGGUUUGGUUUUUGCUGCUGGUGGAAUCAGGGUUCUCAGGCAUGAGCAUGAGCCCGAAGUGCCAGUCUGCGAUUGGAGAUUUCCAGCCACUUUAUUUAAGCCAGUGCUGAGUAGGGCUUCUGCAGAGCCACAUUUGAGCCAAGGUCUUGGAAGGCAUUGCCCCAUGGGCUCAGGUUACUCGGGGUGGAGUGAGCGCGUCUGCAGGCCCCUCACAUACAUGCCUGAGGCAGAAGCAGCGUCCCCUGUGAAAGCCACCUUCCGAAGCCCCUGUGUUUUCUGCAAACUUGGCUUCUCCCGGGGGCGGCUGGACUUUCCCUGCCCCCUAUGAUUGAAAUCCUCCUGCUUUCGGGGGGCGGCCUUCCCAGAGUCCCCCGGGUGCUCCCCUGCCCAAGUCAGGAGCUGACCAAGCCUUGGCCCCGUGACACGUGCAGCCCUCACUCCUGUCAUCCAGGACACUUGAGGGCCCAAGGAGGUGGAGCGGAGAGUGGGCUUGGGGACGUGGGAGCCGGAAGCCAGGUGGAGCUGGUCAAGUGUUGGUCACUUGGAGCCUCCAGUGUGCGUCGGGGUCUGUGGGCAGGGGACAGGGCCUGGGUCUGCCUCUCUACCCUCGCCGUGUUGGGGACCUGGCCUCGGCCCCCCCCCAGGCCUCUCCUGUGCACGGCCCAGCCUGGGUCCCGGAAGCUGCUUCCUGGCCCGUUUUCUAUGUCGGGAAGUUUACAGGUUGCGGUGCAUCAGCCCAAACUCACUGGCGUUGUGUUGUGUUUUGUUUUUUUUUCUUUAAUUUUCAGAUUUUUUUUAACAAAGUAUUUUUUUAGGUGCGAUAACCCAGAAAGGGCCCGUUGGGUGUGUGUGUGUCCUGAACUCCUCAAGCAGAGACUGGAGCCCAAGCACCCUUGGAGACGAAGGGACGGUCCCACUGGCCCGUGGGGUCUGAGUUCAGGGGUGUGGAGGGAGCAGACCCCACUGGCCCAGGCCCAGCUAAGAGGUGGCUGAUCCCUUUCCCCAGGCACAGCCCCAGGCUGGCAAAGGGAGGGUCCUGGACUGGGUGCAGGGCGCGCCAGGAGUCCCAGCCAGGGUGGCCCCGGCGGGGGCGGGUCGAGCUUUGGAAGCCAGGCUCCCCUGUGAACCGUGGCUUGUCUGGUCUUCGCCCACGGGAGGCUGGACAGAGGCUGUAGCCAACACAAUCACCUUUUCUUUGUACUCUGUGUGUAUGUUUUGGUUUUCUGUGUUUUAAUAAAUCCUUUGGGAAAGGAUUUAA